AUGGCUAGUUCUCUGAGCUUCUUGUCACAACCCAGAAUUAGAGCUGUAACCAAACGUCCUCCUCAUCCCUCAAGCUCGUUUCUUGAACUAUUGAGGGUUAGCAGUAGAAGUUUACAAGUAACAAAGAAUAAAGAUUUAGCACUGAUUGCAAGAGUUUAUCAACAAGAAGUUGCGAGUGUUCAAGGAGAGAAUCUGGUGAAGCCAGAUUUUAAGCGUUUAUGCAAAGAGGGGAAAGUGGAGGCAGCUCUUGAAAUCAUGAAUGAAAAGGAAAGGAAUGGGGACCAAGCAGACUUGCUCGAUAUUAUGAACUUGAUACAAGUUUGUGCUGAUUUGAAAUUGCUGGAAGCAGGGAAAAGGGUAGAAGAGUAUGUUAUGAGGUCUUCAUCAAAGUUUAAGUCCAGUAUUGUUGUCCUCAAUAAUCUAGUGGAGUUGUAUUGUAAACUCGGCAACACAAAUGGGGCAAGAGAAAUAUUUGAGCAAAUGGGCCUGAGAAAUUUGGAUUCUUGGAACAAGAUGCUGUUGGGUUUGGCAGAGAAUAAGGAAGGAGAAAAGGCUCUUCAAAUCUUUUCCCAGAUGAAAGAACAUGGGUUUAGGCCAGAUUGGUCUACCUUUCUUGGUGUUUUAAUGGCUUGUGUGUGCGUAGGGGCAGAGAAGGAAGGGCAGAAACAUUUCGAGUCAAUGAGCAAGGAUUAUGGGAUCACUCCCUCGGAAGAGCAUUAUGAAGCUAUGGUUGAUCUUCUUGGAAGAUGUGGAAAGAUAGCGGAGGCAAAGGAGUUCGCUGCAAAUAUGCCAAUUGAUCCAAACUCCAGAAUUUGGGAGACUCUACGGAACUACUCAAAAGCCAGAACACCAGGGAAACUGGGUUAUCCUGUAUCGCCAUCUGGAUUGAAACUAGGUAAUAUGAAAAGGGCAAAGGACAUCCUUAACACAAAUCAUAGAAGAGUGACUUCAGACAGGAGCAAGGCAUAUGAAAAGUUGAGGUCUUUGACUAAGGAGGUAAGGGAUGCUGGAUAUGUGCCGGACACAAGGUUUGUGCUUCAUGAUCUUGACCCAGAAGCAAAGGAGAAGGCAUUGUUCUAUCACAGUGAAAGGCUAGCCAUUGCUUAUGGACUUAUCAAUACACCUCCUGGGACAACUUUAAGAAUAAUGAAAAACCUAAGGAUUUGUCUGGACUGUCAUAAUUUCGUCAAGAUCCUCUCCAAAAUCGAGGACCGAGAGUUUAUUGUGAGAGACAAUAAGAGGUUUCAUCAUUUCAAGGCUGGAAACUGUUCCUGUCGGGAUUACUGGUAG